AAAAGCGAUAUCGCGUAUGAAGCACGUAGCAGUAAAACCUGGAUAUAUUAAAACCUCUAGUGGCGCCAGUUGAUAGCGGAGUAGAACGGAAUUGCACGAUACCGGCCGAAGUUUCUCAGUCGCGGUCGCCAUUUUGUCGGGUAGUCCUCGGGUUCGUCGUGUUUCUCUUGACUGCUUAGUGUUUUUAGUGAAACGAUAAGCGGCGAAAAAUUCGGGGCAUAGCAGACUCGGCCGCUUCCCCCAAAUGGCUUGCUUGAACACGUUAAAGCAGGAGAUUAAAACCCUCGAGUCCGUCUUUCCAAAGAGCCAUGAAAGAUUUCAAAUUAUGUCUGCGAGCGUGGACGAGCUCAGCUGCAGAUUCGUCGGUAAAAAUGGAAAGAAAUACGAAAUACAUGCCAAUAUAACAGAAACGUAUCCCUCAACACCGCCAGUAUGGUUUGCAGAAUCAGAAGAGACCAGUGUCACCAAUGCAGUACAGAUUUUAAGCAACACAACUGGUCGAGACAAUCAUGUAAUCAACCAAGUUGGAAUCCUCCUUAAAGAAUUAUGUCGGCUGCAUUCGCUACCAGAACCACCUGACGUCGAACGAUUAAGAACAGCAUUGGAUCCAUUAAGAUUAGGAGGAGCAAACGAAGCUAUGUCGCAAAGAAUGGAAGCUGAAGAUACCGAAGAUAUUGACGAAGAUGAAGAAAGCGAAGCAGAAGAAGAUCUUCAUUUAGAUAUGGAUGAAGGUGACGCGAAUUCAAAGACCAAGGGGGACGAAAUGGAUUUAGAACACCUUGCGACGCUAGAAAGGUUGAGACAGAAUCAGAGACAAGAUUACUUAAAGGGAUCUGUUUGUGGAAGUGUACAAGCGACAGACAGGCUAAUGAAAGAAUUGAGAGACAUUUACCGAAGUGACAGCUUUAAAAAAGGAAUGUACAGCAUAGAAUUAGUAAAUGACAGUUUAUACGAAUGGAACAUUAGGUUGAUGUGCGUUGAUCCUGACUCGCCUCUCCACAGUGAUCUCAUUCUUCUUAAAGAAAAGGAAGGAAAAGACAGUAUUCUACUUAAUAUGCUUUUUAAGGAAACUUAUCCAUUUGAACCGCCCUUCGUAAGAGUCGUACAUCCAAUCAUAUCGGGUGGAUAUGUUCUCGUAGGAGGUGCUAUUUGUAUGGAACUUCUUACGAAACAGGGAUGGAGUUCAGCGUAUACAGUGGAAGCGGUAAUAAUGCAAAUAUCUGCAACACUGGUAAAAGGAAAAGCACGUAUACAGUUUCAGGGCUCAGGUGGUCCUGGUAAAGUGUGCGGUGGACAAGGGCAAUACAGUUUGGCUCGUGCACAACAGUCGUUUAAAUCACUCGUACAAAUACAUGAAAAGAAUGGUUGGUUCACUCCACCGAAGGAGGAUGGCUAAUGAAUAAAUAUGAAACGAAUAACGAUGCGUGCUUACAGCUGAGACUUUAAUUCGGUGUGUGCCCAAGAAAUAAUUGUUAC